AUGCAUCUUCCCUCGACUUUUCUCCCUGUGAUGUUUCAUCGCCUGUGCCGCCAACGGGACCUGGCGGCGUUUCGUAUGUCCUCAUUUGUGCUCCACAUGGUGCUGCAGGCUCUCGAGCACGCGCCGCCGGACUCCCUCUCCUGCGAAGACGUGACGUGCAUUCAGGUGUUUAUUCAAAAGGAACGGCGCAAGGCGGUGCUGCAUUGCGGACGAACCGUGGCACCCAAGCCGAACGGAGAGAAAUCGAAGACAAUCGACUUGGAGGAUAACAGAUUGCUUGCGGACAUCGAGACGCGUGUCAUGUUGCGGUGUUGCCACUCGAAUGUUGAUGGUGCACAGUGCCUUCGUCUCGUGCUGGAGCUUGCAGUGGUGGCGGCGGUGCUGGUAGUAAUAGUAGUGCGGUUACCAACUGAGGAGGGGAUGGGGGGGAUGCUGCCGCUGAGGACGCUGACACAAAGCAGGGCUCUCGUACACCCGAGCUGA